GGCACUAUGGCAGAUGGCGGCAGUGGCCCUGCCGAGGCGCCCGGCCCCCGGGGCUCCCCCGGGCAGGCGCCACGGGUCCCGCGCGCGGUCGGGCCGGGUGGCGGCAGCGGCGGGGAGACCCCGCGGACGGCGGCGCUGGCGCUGCGCUUCGACAAGCCCAUCAAGCAGGCCUUCUACAACACGGGGGCCGUGCUAUUCGUGUGCCUGUGCUGCGGCGCCGCCGUGUUAGUCUACUUCAUCCUGGAGGCCUUCCUGCGGCCGCUGCUGUGGGCCGUGCUGUGCGGCACCUUCCUGCAUCCCUUCAAGAGCUCGCUAACGCGUCUGGGCCGCCACUGGCUGCAGCGCCUGCACCGAGCGCACACGCCCAUCGUGCUGGCCGCGCUGCUGCUGCCACUCUGUUUCGUCGACUACGGCGUCGAGGCCCUGGGCGAGCAGGUGCUGCGCCGCCGCCGCCUGCUCCUGCUGCUUGGCGCCGGGGGCCCGCUCCUCUACGUCCUCUACUGUCUCGGCAGCUACUUGGGAGUGCAGGUGCUGCUGGCGCACGCCGGCGCGCUCAUCUACCGCGGGCUGGACUACUUCAGCAGCCUGUGGAUCUGGACGUUGGUAGUUGGCUAUGUGUUGACUGUUUCAUUCAAGUGGAAUGCAAGCACUGAACGCUACUUGAGAGCAGUUUCAAUUCCUGUCUGGAUUAUAUUGCUUUUUCAUUUAGGGGCAGAGUUACCAGGGCAAGUUAUUUCCAUGGCAGCUUCUACUCUAGCAAACUUGGCCAUCUCUAUCACAGGGUAUGAAUCAAGCAGUGAAGACCAGCCCUCGACUCAGCCUGCAGAAACCACAGACAGGGGAGAACCUCCUCCAACAUUGGCCUCCUCCCCUUCACCCUCCUCCCCUUCACCCACUCUGGGCAGACAAAGGCCUGAAAUCGGAACGUUUCUUAGAAAGAAGAAAACUAGUGAUAUCUACUUCGUGUCUCUCGUUUGGGCCAUCAUAAUUGUCCAGAUCUGGCUGAACCUGUGGAUUGUGCAGUUGCUGCCAGUGCCUGUUGCAGUGUGGAUACUCAAAAAGCUGGUCAUUCACUUUGGAGUUGUGGACUUCCUGGAGAAACGCUACCAUGUGUGGUGGGGGGUUAUGGAGAGCUUCCUGAAGGAGCGGCAGGGUGCUCUCGCACCUUGGCCAAUUGUUGGGCUUGGAAAAUUCUUGUUAAAAGUUGAUAGCAAGAUGAUCAUCUGGUUGGAGAGGAUGUUAGAUAAAAUAAUUAGCAUUUUCAUCAUAUUUUUGUUAGUGAUAGGAACCCUUCUUUUAGCCCUACUCCUGACCGCAAAGGUGCAUCAAGAGAGUGUACACAUGAUUGAAGUCACAAGUAAUCUGAUUAAUGAAACUCUAGCAAAUCACCCCGAGUGGGCAAAUUGGCUUCCUGAGGCUCAGGUAGUCCAAAGAGCCCUGAAUUCUGCAGCUAACAAUGUCUAUCAGUAUGGACGAGAAUGGAUAACCCACAAGCUUCAUAAAAUUCUAGGAGAUAAGGUGAACAAUACUGCCGUAAUUGAAAAGCAAGUACUAGAACUUUGGGACAGACUGUAUCACUCUUGGUUUGUAAAGAAUGUAACACAUUCCGGAAGGCACAAAGGACACAAGAUGCAUGUGAAUCGUCAGAACAGCUGGCUGGGAGACAUUCUGGACUGGCAGGAUCUUGCUUCCUUUGUUCACGAGAACAUUGAGACAUUUCUUUCGAUCUUGGAGUCUCUGUGGAUUGUGAUGAGCCGGAACGUGAGCCUGCUGUUUACUACCGUCACUACGCUCCUGACCAUCCUCUUCUACAGUGGGACUGCCCUUCUCAAUUUUGUACUCUCUCUGAUAAUUUUCCUGACCACACUAUUUUAUCUGUUAAGUUCCAGUGAUGAGUACUACAAGCCAGUGAAGUGGGUGAUAAGCCUGACUCCACUAUCUCAGCCAGGUCCUUCCUCUAAUAUUAUUGGCCAGUCUGUGGAAGAAGCUAUCAGAGGGGUGUUUGAUGCUUCCCUCAAAAUGGCUGGCUUCUAUGGAUUGUACACCUGGCUCACUCAUACUAUAUUUGGCAUCAAUAUUGUCUUCAUACCAUCAGCUUUAGCAGCAAUCCUUGGAGCAGUGCCAUUUCUGGGGACGUAUUGGGCAGCAGUACCUGCAGUUCUAGACCUGUGGCUGACACAAGGGUUGGGAUGCAAGGCCAUUUUACUGCUGAUUUUUCACCUCCUGCCAACAUACUUUGUAGAUACUGCAAUCUAUUCUGAUAUAUCCGGAGGUGGCCAUCCGUACCUGACAGGCUUGGCAGUGGCUGGCGGAGCAUACUACCUAGGCCUGGAAGGAGCAAUCAUUGGGCCCAUACUCCUCUGCAUACUGGUGGUUGCUUCCAAUAUCUACAGUGCCAUGCUUAUGAGUCCCACAAAUUCAGUGCCCACGCCAAACCAGACCCCGUGGCCUGCUCACACUCAGCGGACUUUCCGUGACAUUUCUGAAGAUCUGAAAUCUUCAGUAGACUGACAGGAUUCCCACUGCAAUGAUUUUUCUAGGAAUUUCAACUUUGACAGUGAAUUCAGCUCAGCUGUGGCCUCCUGCCCUUUCAGCUGUGCUAGCAAGGAGAACCCAGGAAAGAAGCAGAAGCCUCCUGGCCUUACAUACACAACGCCUGGACAAGAGAGAACUUGCUGUGGGCUGCUUUGCAUUUUAAAACACUGCUUGAGAGUUCGGAAAUGUGGUUUGCUCACUUAACUGUUGCUAAGAUGGCUUGAAAUGUUUCAGUUUAUACACUGGUACCAUGGCUUGAAAUUUUCCCACUUUGGUUAUCUCUAUUAUUAUAGUAAGUAUUUAUAAAGUUAUUUUAAGAACUCUAAAUUACCUGCCGUCAAAAGAAUAUACAGUGUAAUUUUCUCUUACUUUAAGAAAUCUAUUCUUAAACUUUUCUAAGACAGUCACUUUUCAAUGAAGAGGGCUUUCACUUUGAAUGUGUAGUUGUGUGAGCAGGAAAAAUCAAUCUCUGUCCUUCUUGCACAAUGUAUCGUCCCUCUUUAAGAAAGAAUAAAUCUUAAGUGUAAGG